ACUAAAAUAUGUCGUACCUGUCAAGUUACGUAACAAGUUCACCAUGACCGUGACGGUCCACUAAUUUUAUCAUACAUAUAUCCUCACACCCUGGCAGGGCCCAACACAACACCUUCUCGUCUGCACUCUCAGCUGUAUGGAAGGGUUGUCCUAGCCGCAAAGAUUCGUAUUGUUCAUUAUGGUUCACGUCAAUGACAAGAAGUUUGCAUGCGAGUCCUGCAUCAAAGGCCAUCGAUCAUCUUCUUGCCAUCACUCUGAACGACCACUGUUCGAAGUAAAGAAGAAAGGGCGCCCAGUAUCGCAGUGUACGACAUGCCGCGAACUGCGUAACUCAAAGCGAUUCCACUCAAAGUGCACCUGUAAUCCUAGGAAGAUAGUCGACAAGAUUCCUAUACCAGCAGCUCGCCCAGACCGGAAACCGAAACGCUUCAUGCCGACGGUACCUACCCUGCCGAACGGAAUAUCAGACGCCUUGUCAUCCUCGUCUUCCUCGCAGCCUGCGGAUGCAAGACAAAGAGUUGAUUCACUGCUAAACCCUUGCCAUUGUAAGAAUGUUUGGCAGUGCCGUUGCCGAUCUGUCCAUCCUAGGGGUUCCCCAUCACCUGCACCUGAAUCAUCUUCCAACGGUCUAGCCAUGCUCGCCAAAGCAGCUGCACUGUUCCAUGACGAUAUCGUGUCAUGUCCAACGACCCCGAAGUCGUGCUGUGCUAAAGCAGUCCAAACCGCAGUCAUUCCCUCAGUUCACCUUGAUCUUCCCCCCGUCCAUAUUUACGCACCUAUCUCAACGCCACCUUCGACUUCAACGACAGUGCCCGAGUUCCCCGUAAUCCCUCCAUUCAGCGCUUUGGAGUCUAUCGCUGGGUCUGGCUGCACUUGCGGACUUCAGUGCGCUUGUCCAGGCUGCGUGAAGCAUCGUGGGGCUGUUCAUGCUUUUAAGGAGCACAAAGAUUGCGCCGAAGGGUGCACACACUGCACCGACCACUCCGCAGGCGUUGAGCUUCCAACUCUAGGGCAAGGUGCUGGCGGGAAGAGCAUGAUCGACCAAUUUUUCGCACGGGCUGCGUCCCUACCUAUUCCUCCAGUCAAUCGUAAAGUCGGGGUUGAGUUCGAUCCAACGGACAUUACAAUAUAUCCUGUCGACCUUUUCACAAAGUCAAUCAAAGAAUACGAGGAGCGAGGCGCGGCAUUUGGACUAGUGACCGUGCCGAAGCUUGAGUGCUGUGGGGGACGGUGUGGUUGUCCAUCCGACGGCUGCGGAUGCGGACAAUCUUGUGAAGGUUGCCCUAAUGGCCAACAUGUUCACGGUCGCUCAGAGCCUGUUAGCUAACGGGAAAUUUUAUGCAUUAAAUCGUGGAUGACCCCGUAUAACACCCAUGGAAGCUUUUUACAACGUCCUGUCAAAAUAUAAGCUACGUCGUACUAUGAUUGGAUACAAUCGGGACUCGGGAGGCACAUGUUCGCCCCCCACGAUUUUUGUGUCCGUUGGGUCUUGGAUUAUUGAUGGAGGUCAAACAAUGUGACAAAAAACCACACCACAGUUGAAGCCGUUCGAGUCGGUGGGCCCGAAACAAACGUAUGGAUUCAUAACUG